GUUUAGCAUUCAAAACAUUUUAGAAUUAUGAAAAAUUUAGCACUGGCCACACACACACACAGGCAGACACAUUUGUUGUGAGGCAAAAUUGAUUCCGUACUGCGAAAGAUAGCCAAAAGUCAGACAACCUGCACCGAUCCAAACAUGUUUCCAUUCUCAUUCUGGAGGGUCGAUGAGCAGAAGGAGCCGCGUGAGCUGCCCUCGCCCGUGUGGCAGCAACUAAAUGCAACAUUUGUGGUCAUCAUUGGCUGGAGUUGGCUCAUCUAUUUGUUGUCUGCUUUUAUCAUUCUCGUUUGCGUUUAUUUCGCUUACUGCGAACGCCGCCGCCAGUUGGAGUCGGCGCGACGUUUGCGUGGCAUACAGCGGGAUCAGGAGAGACCCCCACAAAAGCGUCGCCCCAGUGCUGCCUAUAGGGAUCAUCAAAUAUAUCGUCACAUCAUAUUGAGCGUGGCCAAGUACAUGAAGAAUCCCGAGGGCAUACGUCCCUUCAUUGAGCAAAUGGACCAGCUACAGUCCCUAAAGCCCACGGCAUCCGAUCAGGAACAGCAGCACGAGCAGUCCAGCUCCUUUUAGUGGUUUCGAUCUACA